GCAGAGUUGUUGUGGAGCGUGUUGGGAAGCGCCCUGCUGUUGCUCGGUAUUUUCGUCAGGGCGUCGCGUAGCUCGUGGCUAAAUGCAGUGAUUCAUCGCAGAGUUAAAGUUAUCUCUUCACACCGCCAUAAAGUACGAUUGUAGUCGGUGUAUCUAAAGUGUAAGAUGAAUGGUAAAUCAUCGAACAACACAGCAGGCGGAACGUUGGCCUGCAUCGAGGGACUACCCCCUCUGCCGAAGAGCUUAAGCGGCUUGCUGAAUUCAAGCGGCGGCUCUUGGAGAGAGAUGGAGAGGAUGUACGCAAAGAAGACUAUGAUCCAAGACGACCUAAGCCGUGGCCGCAGUAACGCAGACAAUUUACUGGCAAAUAAACCUGCCAACCUUGAUGCAGCCCUGGCUCUUCUACGAAAAGAAAUGGUGGGGUUGCGGCAGCAGGAUAUGUCCCUGCUGUGUCAGCUCUGGUCACUCCAUGAGUCCAUUCAGGAGUACAAGGGCAGUUGUCAGGACCUCACGGCCGGUUCCAGUGCCGACGGACCCUAUGAGAACGGCUACUUUGACGAGGACGAUGAAUACUUCCAGGAUUCGAGCAUAACCCCUACUGAGCAGCCAGAGGGGAGCGAUACCUCUCCCCAAAAUGGAGCAGCCAAGGACAAGUGGCUUCAUGACUCUUUCCACAUCACCAUCUGAGAGCGGCCUCCAGUAGGCUAUAAGAUCUUCUUGCUCGACUUUAGAGCUUGUUUUUGUUUGUUUGUUUGUUUGUUUGUUUGUUUUUUGAUUGUUUUAUUUUAGAAAAGAGAUGCCUGCAUUUUGAUUUUGCUGACCUCCUUUUCUGCAGACUUUUCUAUAAAGGUAUAAGCAAAGUUGAUUAUUUAUUAUACAGUAUAUAACGAUAUAGUAUUUUUCUUGUGAUUUAUUAUUAUUUUUUUCUUUCUGAAGACAUUUUCAAAUGUUUUGGUUGGGAGGAGUGUCUAGCACAUCUCCAGUAAUCAUGUUUACAGUGUAACACAAACAGAAUCUCCCGGAUGACUCUGUGUAAACAUUACUGUAUAACAUCAGCUGAUAGACGAGGAGUGGGGAAGAGUCGCCGUUAUCUACACAAGCUAAUAAUACAAACUUGCCUAGUUGCAAGCGACAACUGUGACCAUGCGGAAACAGGAUUUCUGAUCACGGCUGGAACGUAGCCGGUAGAGUUUGGGGAAAUGUGAAAUGAAAAAUGCUGGAUCCAUGGAAUGAGAAUCUCUGAAACCAGGGUACGCACAAGGUGUGCUUCUCCACUUUUCUUCCUUUGAACUGAUUUGGGCGGCACCUCUUCUCAGUUUCAACAUGCUAGCCCGUCUGUGUAUUCCUCUAUACACAGCUGUAUCACAUAGAACGGAGAUGUGAACUCGUAUGUUUCUCCUUUAAGUGUAGUUCUGUGCAAGUCAUAUCAUAUUGUAUAGGGAAGGCUUAACUGAAUUCCUUGGUGAACUCAUGCAGGUGUAUUCGUUCCCACCACACUAAAUGUAUGGUGCUUUCUCUGUCUUCCACUGACAUUUUGUCACUCUAACAGCAUAACCUUAAACAGCUAACCUCUGAAUGACAAUUAUAUAGGCCUAUAACCGCUUAUAAGUUUGUUCACGCAAACUCUUAAUGUGAAACGGAUUGUAUACAGCCUUUUAAAGAGUAUUGUUUGAAGCAAGUUCAAUUUAAGGUACAGUAACCAAAGAAAUUGUUACAUGUUUUGCUAAGGGUUAUUGUUACAAACAUAAUGCCUAAUGAUCAUUAUAACCUCCAAUGUAUUGUCUGUAAACAUUUCUUCGCAAGUGAUGUUUAAGUAUUUUUUCGCAAAUUAGUCUUAUGCUGUGAUCGACUGUACAGUUUGACAGGGUGGACAUUUGGUAAGAAUAGCAAAGGGAAGGCUGAAAUUUCUCUUGAGUGUAAAAUGUAAUUUGACCGUGGUUUUGAGCCCUUGGAAUGAUUAACAGGCAAACCUGCUUCUACACACUGCUGCAUCCAUCAUUGAAUUCAUCGUCUCCUCUGCCAUCAUGAUUAUGAGUUAAGAGUUGUUUCCUAACAUUAUUUGCAUUUGCGCGUCGAUUUUUUCCUCUCCUCUCCCUUCAUGUGAAGUAGAGGCAGUUUUGCAUUUUCUCUUCAGCUGGUUUAUGUUUGUAGUGGUAAAUGUGGAAUGAACUGUUAAAGUUAAGAGCCCUCCAACAUUGAUGUUUUGACAAGCAUUCUCAUUUUGAAUGAAUGGAUUCCUAGAAUUCUGGGGAGCCGAGACACAAUAGAGAACAGCUAAUUGUUUUUCUGUUGACUAACCAGGCUUUUUGUGUCCUCGGCAACAGAAAUUCUUUCACUCUGUGCCUUUCUAUGCCAUGGACUUAAAUUGUGGCCACUGCUGUUGCUUGUCCCUUCAGUCCUACAGCACUUUUGUUGAUCCAAGUCAUCCACUCAUUUAAUGGAGUAACGGAAGGCAGAAAACUGGAAAAAUGAUCUCAGAUGAGCCCAAUGUAGGAAUUCACCAGCAAAAGACUUGCACUCUAACUAUAACUAUAGCUUAAUCUUGGCUUUGGAGUUUUGGAUAUAUAAUCUCUCUCACGCUUUGGACUUACAAUACAGUUUGUGUAUGCAGUCCACUGUACAUCAGCGGUCAAAUAGCAAUUGGAAGUGUGUACUAAUACUUCUGGUAUCCUAUUCAAGUCUCCAGCACUACUUCUGAGAGGAACCCCCUGAGAAGAAAGUAUGGAGAAACGCAUUCGUAUUUCUGAGAUUUGUAUGUUAUGAUUUGCAUAGCUUGUUUCUCCCAGGCAUUUGAUUCAUUUGGGUUUCCAUUCCAUAGUCCUCAUAUGUACUUCUCCUGCAAAGAAUGACCAUACUACUGUAUGUUUUGUUUGGAAGAUUGUUUUUUAUGCUCUCUCGUGAUAAAUAUAAUUACUGAUUAAAUAAAUAAUUUUAUUACGA